AGAGAAUGACUAACCAACGGUCUUGCCAUCAAUCCACAGGGUUUCCUUCCUUUAUACACUUAGCUAAUCACACAACUUGCAUUUCUCAGUCGUCAUCGAACUGCGAGCACCGUGUGUCUAUUUCAGCUACAGCCAUUGUGUUGCAUUUUUUCAGUCCAUAAUUGAAGAUGUUCAACAGAUGAGCUUCCAAAUUUGGAUCGUCUUCAUCACUGUUUUGGUUUUUUGAAGUUAAAUUGCUUUGUGGAAAAAAAAUGUUUGCGAUUAUUUUAUGUGCAUGUUUUUACUUAAAUCAUGCUGAGGUCACCUGGCAGAUGGAGCCACAAGAUGUGAUAGCAUUUACAGGUGAAUCCGUAACUAUAAAUUGCAUUGCCUCUGGAACAAACUCUUCAAGAGCUGAACGUGAAUUUCAGUGGUACAAAUUGUACGAUCAACAUCGUUUGAGUCAGAACCAUAUUCUUUUGUCCAGUGCACCAACGGACAGAAUGUCUGUGUCCAUUGACAAGGCAAGAAAGCGGUACUCGCUCACAAUUCACAACUUAACAGAGGCGGAUAAUGGACAGUUUCAGUGUAUUUUAAAAGACGGUAAUGUGCCUGAAAUUCACUCCGAUGUUAUAAUGUUAACGGUUAUCAAGCCACCAACAGAAGGCUAUACCCCAUGUAAGCAUUACAACGGAUCAAAGAUGCUGCUAACUCCGUCAGAACUGGCAACAAUACGCUGUGAAAGUAUGCUGGAUGAUUAUAUGGCAAGUCCCUCUACUACUCCUUCUGCUCACAGCAGCUGGCCCGAUGGAGACCGUAUUUUAAGUGCAUAUUAUCUUCAAAAUGGAACUGUUCUACUUGAGGAAACUAUGAAAUCCAAAAAUACUGCCAAAUUCUGUUCAACAAAUAGUAGGACCUUGUUUGCCCCAGAGUCCUGCACACUGUUAACACACCUGCCAAAAUUGCCAGUCCUUGUUUAUCCUUCCCAUAAAGUUGUGAACACCGGUGAUGACCUGACUUUUCAGUGCGUUAUGGUCCAGUCUUGGGAAAUUGUGGAAUACCGUUGGUACAUUGAAGGCCCUUUACAACCAUCAAGCAUGUUCCUUACAAAUAACAGUCGGAGUCUGUGCAUGAGAAACGUGAAAGGAGAGCCGGGAGAUUAUAAGAUCAAGUGUCAGGUAACCGACAGGUGGUCACUGAGUGUAAAUGCAACAGCGAUCAUUAGGAUGAAUGGCCCACCUGUAACAACGACUACUGCAUCCACUUUGCUGUCCUCGACUAGUGUGACUUCAACUACUGCUACGCAUGUUUCGUCGUCUUCCAUUAAAUCUAAAUCUCAACCGAAAGACGUUCUUAAAUCUCCAGCUUCCCUGAAAAUCCAGCACAUAAGUAUAUUGGUUGGCCCAAUGCUAGCAUGCAUUCUCUUGUUUAUCUUUGUUAUGAUUGUUUUAUGGUUCCAUUCAAAAUUGAAGAAAGAGCGACAGAGUCUAAAGAACGAAAUAUCACGUGACCAUAAAGCGAUGAACAUAGGAAAAGAAGCUGUACAGCUAAGGGGACGGCGUUACUCAGAUUCAGUUAUUAAUCGUCAGAGUGUCCUUUACGAAACCGACUACGAGAAUGUAGAUUCAGCAGCAAAGCACCGUAGUCUGUACUUUGAUCAGCCCACCAAGAAUGGCAUGCGUGGCAGCCAUUCCAUGAUGCAGCCGGUUCAUGCAAAUCUCAACGUUAAAAUUGAGGUGCCGAAUCUUGCUGCCGCUUUGAGUCAAAGUGAUCCAAAUAUACACGCAAUUGAAUCCUGUCUUUUCCCAAAUCGAGAUUCUGUUUGCUCGGCUGUAACAGACACAACAUUUGUUAAAACAGAGACAAUAAUUGAAACAGAAAAUAAUGCAUUAAUUGACAUCAAUGAACUUGCUGAGGAAGAUUUCCCACCUCCGCUACCAGCACCCCGAAAACCAAACAUUGACAUUUCUAAUAAAUUACCUGAAAAUCACAGUAAGGAUCAUUAUUACGUUAAUUUGGGUCGACAGGCACGACUUCAACGUAUUCCUCCAAUACCUCCUCCACGCUCUUGUAAUGGUAAUUUACCAUGUGGACUUCCAUUUAGAAGAUCUAAUUCAGAAAUUUUACACCCUGGACAGAUAAAUAUAUCCACAACCUAGUUAUACUGUAUCUGUACUGCAAUUGUUUUAGUUAUGUUUGUGUUAAGCUUGAAAAAUUAAAUUCAAUAAUUAAUUUACUUACCUUGUAAUAUUGAUAGAUUAUUUCAAAUAAUAAAUUAGUAAAAUAAUUGUUUAUGUUGUUAGCUUGCAAUUUAGAUUACAUUAAAUUAGUUUCCUAAAUCAGUAAACAUACUUUUUUGUAUAGACACUUAAAUUGGCUGGUAAUCAAUUUAAGGAUUUUUAUAGAAAAACAUUUGUAAAUUAUUUUUUUUAAAUGAAUUGUUUUAAUCUUUGCUUGUAUUAAAAGUUAUAUUAUUUUAUAUUUUAUGAGCAGUUCAAUUAUGUUUUAAUUGAAUUUUUCAUGACAGUAUUUCUUUGAAGUACGUCUACAGUACUUCAUUUUCUGUAUUAGGUUUAAAAUAAUAAAUUAAAAUUCUCAAAAAAACUGUAAAAUACUAGUAAAUGUGUAUAUAAAUUGUAAAGUGUAGUCUCUUAUGUCAAUUGAGCAUUGUUUUAAAAUAUCAGUUUGGUUCAUGCGAUACUAUCGUACAUCUGGCAUGUACUAUAAAGAGGGCAUGAGAUUAUAUGCUUCAGCUAUUUUACACAAACAUUAUACACAGGCACUGGGACUAUGUUCGAAAGGAAGUUUGAUUGAUUGAAUGCAAAAAGUUUUUUUCCUCUAAAUGUAUAAUUCUAAUUAUCCAUUGCAGUGAGAUUUGGCUGCUAAUAUAUAGUACAAAAGCACUAAAAAAAAUUUCUGCAAAAACAAGCUUUUUUGUUUUAUGUAAUUUGCCUAGUAUGUUGGCAUUCAUGGUUAUAUCUUUCAUUCAUCCUCUCUUAAUGUCCUAGUAUCCAUUAACUUUUUUCAAUUAAAAAUUUGUUGGUUAUUAGAUAGGUAAAACCCACUUUAAUUCUGGACAGUUAUUUGAAUGUGUGAACAUUAUACUUCCUUUAGUGCAGUGGCGGCUCUAGGGUAAUUUUCUGGGGGGGCUAAGCUGUCCGAGGGGGACUUGAGAUUGUAUGCCCGAGCUGGGGGAAGGGGUUGAGAGAGGGUUCCCCCUCCCAAAUGAGAUUUUUUUUCUAAGAAUCAGCCUCUGGAUGGCCUGAAAUGGCACUCUUAGACUGUGACAGACAUGUGUUGGCUUAGUGUGGGCCUGUUUAUGUUUAUUUUACGAGCUAUGUCCGACUGGGGGAGGGCUUGAUCUGUCCGGUGGGGGGACUUUACAGAGUGGUGAGUGGUAUUUUAUUAUUUCCACCAAAUCAUCAGUGAUCUUGUUGGCUGCCUCAUCAGAUGGUUAUACUGUAAAAAAAAGUGGGUUUUUGUUUUUGUUUUUGUUUUUGUUUUUGUUUUUUUUUUUCAAAGCUGUGAUUAGAGUGAUGUGCACUGUGGUCCCUUGCACUGAGACCCAAUGUGUUUUUAAUUGCAUAUUUGGACAAUUUCCUGUAUGCAAAUAAAAUCCAUAUUUCAUCUUAAUGCCUACAGUAUAUUCUUUUAAUGUUUUGAUGUAUAAUUUUGUGUAUAUUUAACUAAAGUAUCUGAAUAGGAGAUACAGUAUGAGAAAUUAUGACAAUGGUGUAAACCCAUGUCAAUUUCUCUUAACACGUUCUUGGCCAGUGUAGAAAAAUUUCCUUCACUGUACAGUAUUUUGUGUCAAAUUUGUAAUAAAACAUUCAGAGUCAGACUUUA